CUGUUCGAUUGUCUCAUGGCCCGGGACAUCUGGCACCUGGACAGGGACCCUGAGUACGAGAGAUAGUGACAGGUCCCCGAAGAUUCUGAAGAGGAAUAAGAAACCCCCAGAGAGGAGCAAGUCAGAAAUCUGCAGCAUAACUUCAGGGGACACAGAAGCCAACGUCCCGGACUCCUCGACCACCAAGAAUUGCCUAAAGAUGACGACUAGAUACUUCCUAAACUUCUCCUCCUCUCUUUCCUCGGAGUGACCUUUGGAGGUUUCGGAGACCCUGCAUCACUCACCAAGCUCCGCCAACAACUCUCUCCAUGUAGCUGCUCUGGUGGAUAUAUUUCCUCCCUCUCCUUUUCACCUAUUACGACUCACUCCUGUGCCAGGGGAGACACCUCAUACCUUGAUGGCACUUCUAAAAAGUACUAUUGUAUCAAGCCACCCACCAUCUCCUCCUCCUCUAUUCCUCCCCAAUGCCCCGUACAUCUUUCCUAAACUCGCUUCACCGAUCUUGCUACAAUCGCGCCACCACAUGCAUUGCCGGCAACAGGACUUAUCUCACAGCUACACAAAGUAGAACGUUUUCAGGAUCUUUUAACCAUAUGAGCCAUCAGCUACCCUGCACUCAAGACAACCAAGGAAAACAACUUUGCUGGCACAUUCGAGCCCCUGUUCACAUCUCUGACGGUGGCGGGCCCCACAAUCUCCUUAGACAACAUAAAACACAAAAACAUGUAGCAUCUCUUUACCCACAAGUUUCCUACCACCCACUCGUUUUCCCUAGGCCCAAAAACCAGCCACUCGAUUCCAGAACCUAUGACCUUCUAGAUCUCACUUUUGCCCUCUUAAACACAUCUGAUCCCACCCUCACACAAAGCUGCUGGCUCUGCCUCCAUCAUCAAACGCCCAUCCCCUAUGCACUCCCCUCAAACCUAUCUCUCCAUUCUACUUCUUCCAAUUGCUCAGUUUCCCCACCCUUUUUAGUUCAGCCUCUCUUCCCUGUCAAUACUUCCUGUAUAACCUCUAAUUCAACCAACAUCACUUCCAUUUCCCUCGAUUUCGUGUCAUUCUCCAACUGCACCACUCAUUUUGAGAACCACUCCCUCUCCUGGCCCCCAAAUAACACCGUUUUCGUUUGUGGCAAUAAUAUGGCUUAUACCACUCUUCCCCCUUCUUGGACUGGCUCUUGCUCUCUUGCUACUCUUCUCCCAGAAAUUGAGGUUUUUAAUGGAAAUGAACCAGUCCCCAUCCCAUCUCUUGAUUUUAUUGCAAGGAGACCCAAACGAGCUGUCCAACUUAUCCCUAUCUUUGCCACCUUGGGAUUCACCGCAGCUGCCACUGUGGGCUCCACAGGCCUGGGUUAUUCCCUUCACAUCAAACAAAUUACAGAAGGGUUAAUUUCUGAUGUCCAACAGGUCGCAUCUACCAUUACCCUCAUCCAAGACCAACUUGAUUCCCUGACAGAGGUGGUCCUACAGAAACGGAGAGGAUUAGACCUCCUGCUAGCAGAACAGGGAGGCCUUUGUCUUGCCUUACAGGAAUGAUGCUGUUUCUACACCAAGUCUGGACAGAAUCCACAAACUCUAAAAAACCCUGAAAACCUGCAGAUGCCAGCUGUCAGACAACCCUUUCUUCACUAUUUGGAAUGGACUCUUGCUCUUCUUACUCCCUAUCCUUGGCCCCAUCCUUGGGCUGCUGAUUGUCUGCUCCCUGGGGCCGGUCAUCUUCCAAAGGCUAAAAACAUUCAUCAGUCACCAAGUUACCUCCCUCCUUUCAUGACCUACUCAGGUCCAUUACACUAGACUGGAAAUGGCCGAUGCCAAUAAACACCAUAACCUAGCCGGAGGAGCUGAGUUGGUUAGCCAAUGACAGGUAAGAGAGUCUGGCCGAUUUAAUGCCAUCUCCUCCACCUAAGACAGGAUGCCCAUCCUUGCUAUGGGUUGUCCUAUGACGGGUAACCAAGGAGACUUGGCUACUAGGACUCCAACCUAAGACAGGCACAACUCCCCCAGGUUCCCAAUCUUUAGAAAAAGAAAAAGGGAACAUGUGGAGAGCCACAUGCACCAAAAUGGCUGAAAUGACUUUCACAUGAUGACCUCCAGACUUCCCUGUUCCGGGAGUAAACAAUCUGCCCCUAGGCUUCCCAACCUAGCAAACAUCCUAAGCAGCUUCUCAAUCAGGCCUAUGACAGCAAUCUGCCCCUAAGCUCUGCCCCCUGGUUAAUGCCCCCUGACGAAACAAUCAAUUACUGGCCCAAAAUAUAUCCUUCAUUUACAUAUUGAGCAACCAAUUACCACCCUGCUGUGUAUAUAAGAAUGUUCU